AUGUGGCUGCGCAGCUAUUCGACUUCGCUGUACCUGUUUCUGUAUGCGCCAAUCGCCUUGAUCGUGCUGUUCAGCUUCAAUGCCGGGCGCAGUGGCCUGGCGUUCGAGUGCUGCUCGGUGCAGUGGUUCGGCCGGGCCUUUGGCAACCCGUUCAUCAUGGAAGCCCUCGGGCACAGUGCAUUUAUCGCCACGUGCUCGGCGUUGAUCGCCACGCUGUUCGGCACCCUGGCGGUGUUCGGCUUGCAGCGUGCCGGGGCCAGGGUGCGGCUGCUGUUUGACGCCCUGACCUACUGCGCAAUCAUCGUGCCCGGCAUCGUCAUCGGUAUCUCGACACUGAUCGCCUUCAUCAGCCUCUUCGAUGUGAUCAACCCGCUGCUGGCGAGCUGGAUGCCCAGCGUGCCGCGUUUGAACAUGGGCUUCUUCACGGUGAUCGCCGCCCACUCGCUGUUCACCAUGGCGCUGGUGAUGGUGAUCGUGCGCAGUCGCGUCGACACCCUGGACAAGGCGCUGCUGGAAGCCUCCGCCGACCUGUAUGCACCGCCGAUGCAGACCUUCUGGCGGGUGACCCUGCCCCAGAUCAGCCCGGCAAUCAUGGCGGGCUUCCUGCUGGCGUUCACCUUCAGCUUCGACGAUUUCAUCAUCGCGUUCUUCGUCGCAGGCUCGGAGACCACCUUGCCGAUCUACAUCUUUUCCUCGAUCCGGCGUGGGGUCACACCGGAGAUCAAUGCAGUCUCGACAGUGAUCAUCUGCCUGUCGCUGGCCUUGCUGAGCCUCACCAUGCGUGAUCAACUUUAUAUCAACGGCGAGUGGGUCAGCCCGGACCUGGGCGGCUACCUCGACGUGAUCGACCCGGCCACCGAGCAGGCCUUCGCACGCGUGGCCGCCAGCACCGAAGAAGACAUCGACCACGCCGUGCGCGCCGCCCGCCGCGCCUUCGACAAUGGCUGGAGCCAGACCAGCGGCGCCGAGCGCGGCCAGUGGCUCGACGCCCUGGCGGAUGAGCUGGAACACGCGCAGCCGGCGUUGGCGGAACUGGAAGUGCGCGACAACGGCAAGCCCUUGCCCGAAGCCCAAUGGGACGUGGGCGAUGCGAUUGGCUGCUUUCGCUAUUACGCCGGCCUGGCGCGGGAGCUGGACCAGCGCCAGGACCAGCCACUGGCGCUGCCUGACGCGCGUUUUCGUUGCCGUAUUCGCCACGAGGCGAUUGGCGUGGCCGGGCAAAUCAUUCCCUGGAACUACCCACUGCUGAUGGCCACGUGGAAGGUCGCGCCGGCCCUGGCGGCCGGUGCCACCGUCGUGUUGAAACCUUCUGAGCUGACGCCCCUGACCGCCCUGGAAUUGGCCGCAGCCGCCGACCGUAUCGGCCUGCCCGCCGGGGUGUUGAACGUGGUCACCGGCCUGGGCCAGGACGCCGGCAGCCCC